AUGUAUUCGGGGAGCGAGGAAUUUGAGGCUUUUCUAGAUCAGCAGCUUGAGAAGCUGAAAGUGGACACUGACGUCUUCAAGGACUACGUCGUGGGCAUCCUCCAGGAUGAGAACGCGUCGCCGACAGAGAAGGUGGAGGCUGUAACGGAGAGUUUGCAGUUUGCAGUUGAGGACGAUUCUGUGGCGAGCCUCGUUCCCGACUUCGCCACCGAGUGUGUCGACAAAUGGGUGAAGGAAGUGGAAGAAGUUCAGCAGCAAAAAAAAGCUGAGCAAAAGGAGGCCGCGCUCAAGGAAGCAGUGAAGGUCUCGAGCCCGGAGCCGACAGCCGCGGCUUCGCGCACCGGGCGCACGACAGCAGCCGAAUCGGAAGACCCACAGGACAAAGCAGUCAAGCAGCGCCUGAUCCAGCAGUUCGCGUGGCAAGUCGAUGAGGUUGUGGACUUCGAUGAAAACGGCGCGGACAUGCUGCGCUGCAGCAGCAAGGUGGAGACACACGACCCGCUCGCCGAUAACGUAUUCCGUAACGACAACCGCGCGCGGGUUGCGGCGGCCCAGCAGAUGGAUCGACUGAGGGCGAAGGCUCAGCACGAGGACGAACUUCGGCGGCGGGCCGAGCAAAAGAAAGCAGAGGCACUCAAGAAGGCCAAGGAGAAAAACCGAGUGGCGAAGAAGGAACGCCGCGCAGGCCGAUGA